AUGCUAAAGGGUGUAGCACCUCCAUGCAAUUAUGUCAUCAAUGGUCACGAAUACCAUAGGGGUUAUUUCUUAGCCGAUGGUAUCUAUCCAAAGUUGACUACAAUUGUACAAGCUUUUAGUCAGAUUUUGGAAAUUCCCGAGUAUGUGAGAUUCAACAAGUAUCAAAUGGCUAAAAGAAAGGAUGUCGAGCGUGCUUUGGAGUGCUUCAGGCAUGAACGUAUGCAUACAAAUUGGGGCAGAGUUGUUCCUGUUCUGAUUCUGGAACCAACCAAUAAUGGUCGUGUAUUUAUGUCAUCUCUGAAAAACCUAGAAAUGCACCUACAACUAAGAAAUGGUCUUGUCAAGCACAUUGUUGCUCGUCCUGAUAGAGGAGGCCAGGAAGCGGACUUGUCUAGUUUGGAGAGUUCAGAUAUGGAAUAUGAGGAUGGAGCAUUUGAUUAUUAUGGAGAUUACAAUUAUCAAAUCCCAGAUGACUUUGAACAUGCAGUUGAACAUGUAUAUGGAUACGGACAUGUGGGAGAAAAAUAUAAACAUGAUGGAGAUGACGAUGAGGAUUCUGACGAUAAGGAGGAUUAUGACGAUGAUGAGGACGAUGAUGAUGAGGAGGACGAUGAUGAUGAGGAUUCUGACGAUGACGACGAUGCUGCGCCCGAUGAUGCGGGUAUGUAUGAUGAUGAUGAUGAUGAUGAGGCAUAG